CUUUGGCUAACUUUGUUCGUGCAGAGGACGACUGCUAUAUAGUCAAGGAACAUAGACCUAAAGCUGGCACUCUUAGUGUAUCGAUUAUCGCGUUAUAUUUAGCUGUCAUGCAAUGGAGUCGCUUUAGCCUUAAAAAAGAAGAAUAUUUUUAGUUUGUUGUUUGUCUGACACCGGCUAACGUUUAAGUGAUGUGAGUGAAACACUAGCUAGUGUGUCUGGACGUUAGCUGGACGUUAGGAGCUAACAUCAACGUCAGGUCAGAAACCUUUGGUGGGGGGAUCAGAGAGGGUCCAGACGUUAAUCACUUGCAGCAAAACGAUGAAGGCGGCUCGAACUGAAGCAGACAGUUAGCAGGAGGAAGUGUGGCGCGCGCGGUAUGCUGGCAGCCCACUGCCACGGCGCCUCUUUGCUGUCCACGUCGAGUCCCAUCUGCUGUCUAACAGGCCACGUCCCCCGCGGGCGUAGUUCAACCAGAAGAUGCCGAGUGUGCGGAAGGGGAUGGAGAGUAAAUAUAUGAAAAGCCUUCAUUUCUGACCGUGUGUGUGAGUGUGGCGUUUGUUUUUCCCCGGCGGCAUGUCACGUACACGCUUGUGUUUUACAUCGGGGUAACGCAAUCAGAGCUGCGGUAGCGAUCUGUUGUCACGUUAGGCUUUUUUAUUUUGAAGAGCGUUUGUGUUGGAAAUGAUUGGGUUUGGUGCAAACCGACGAGGAGGCCGCAUGCCGUCCUUUAUCCUCAUCUUUUUGAUGAUCGUCAUCGGCGUGCUGGCGUUUAACUACUGGACUGUGUCCAACAAGCACGGCCGCCUGCUGGAUGAUCUACUGGAGAUCCAGACGCAGGUGAAGCGCUCGGACGCGGCGCGAAGCCGCCUGGAGAAGCGCAACUCGGAGCUGAUGGUGCAGGUGGACACGCACAAGAAACAGAUCGAUCAGAAGGAUGGAGACUACAGCGUGCUGGAGAACAAGCUGCAGGCCAGAGAGGGAGCCUUCAAAAAGUGCUCUGAUGAGAAGAUGAAGUUACAAAAUGACGUCACAGCCCAAAACAGUGAGGUGCAGAGACUUAGAGAGCAACUGAUGGAGCUGAAGCAAGAGUUCAUGAAGCAAGAAGAGCAGCUGAGAGAAGUGAGGAAAAAUAGCACUAAUUUGGAGAGAAAAUUGGAAUAUGAGAGUUUACAGUGUGGCCGUCAGAUUGCACAACUCAAAAGAGAGUAUGAGGAAACAAAUAAGGCUCUGGAGAAAGAGGUGGCAAGGCUGGGACUGAACAAUGUAGGAGCAGGAAAGAACGUAGGUGAAGCAGCUGAUGUGAAUAUGGCUGGAGAGCGCCACACAGUGGCCCCUCAUCGACAUGACAGGCAGUUGGAUAUUAAAGAAGAAAUGGGCAAACCUGGCAGUGAUGCUGGCAUGCCUGGAAUUGAAGACAGCGAGGUGGGAAAAAUUGACGAAAUGCAAUUUGGCCUGAAGAAGCCUGCCAUCACUCAGAAGCACAAUGAUGCACCUGAAGUUGGAGCAGCAGCUGGGGUUAAUCCUGAACCGGAAGCAGCCGACGGUCGCGGAGGCCAAGGCCUGUUGCUGGACCAGCCCAGGCUCCAACAGGACCAGCUGGAGGGUCGAGCAGCGGGACUCGCACCCCCACUUGUUAUCAAACAGGGAGACAAGCCAGAAGUAUUUGAAGAAGAUAAUAAAGCAGGGGUCAAGGCGGACGAGCUAGGAGAACAGCAAAGACAAAAUCAAGUUGAUGACAAACGUUUUAAGAGGAUUCCUCUUCCUCACGACAACGCCCAGGUAGCAAAGCCCGUCCAGCUGCAACGUGCCAAAGACCAAGUCCCUGCAGAGCAGCUGCACCACCGUCAAAGCCGGUUCUUUGAUGAGAACGAGUCCCCAGUAGAUCCGCAGCACGGCUCUAAGCUGGCGGACUACAAUGGGGACGACGGGAACGUCGGUGAGUAUGAGGCUGAUAAGCAGGCCGAGCUGGCCUACAAUGAGGAAGAGGAUGGUGAUGGUGGGGAGGAAGACGUCCAAGGUGAGCCAGAUGACGACGAUCGCGACAUUCAGGAGCGAGACAGAGCGGUGGAUUAUGGGAAAAGACAUCAAAACAAUGACAUUCUUUGAAUGGAAACUCACUUGGCUCUAACUUAUUAACAAACCUCCUUAAAAACCGUCUUCUACAAUCAAGGUCUCUCCUGGUGAAUAAGCUGGAGCAUCACUUUGUCCAAGCACCUACAGGAGGCCUCCUCGCUGUCACGGACCAUUUUGACAGACAUUCAAACAAUUUCUAAAUAAUAAUCUUAGUAGAAAUAUAAACAGAUCAUUCUCCUAAGCUGCUAUAGCUGAUGUUUUUUUUUUGUGUUUUUUAUUUGAUGAAGGUACGAUGAUGUACCUUUUCACCUUCAUGGACUGGUCUCAGAGAUUCUCUUCUGAACUUUUGAAUCAAGUGAUUUUUUAUUUUUUUUUUAGCUUCUUCCUCUUUGAUUUUCCUAAUAUAUAUAGAAAUUUGCUUCCUGAGAUAUUUAUCAAAUGAACUAAUCGGGGCUCGCUAAGACAAGAUGCCUACAUUACAGACCUUUUUGUACUGGAGUGGGAGAUUAAGUUGCCAAGGACUUUGUUUAUGGCCUAUAAAACCUUUUUGUGACAGAGACCUGGAAGCAUUCCUCAUUCUGU